AUGUCGUUCGACAGUAAACACGAUGAUCAAAAGAAAAAUGAGGAGCAAAAGGGAAUGAUUUUGGACGAGCUUCCAGAAAAUCUGAUCAGGUUUGCAUCGUUGAUGGUGAAGACAUUUUAUGGCAAAGAGCAUUACGUUGUUUUGGAUUAUGUGCAAAGGAAUAAAUGUAUCAAGGAAGAUGAUCUGAGGCAAUUGAUCAAGUUUGACCAGCGUUUCCUGCGAAUAAUUUUAAUGCAACUGAAAGUUGAUAAAAUUCUAAAAGAACGUCUAGUAUCCGAAGAAAUGGAUGGUCGGACGCGUAAAAUUAAUUACUAUUUUAUUAAUUACAAGGCACUAUUGAAUGUGGCAAAAUAUAAAAUUGAUCAUAUGAGGCAACGGUUGGAAGUAAAAGAUAAGGAUGAAGUGCACAAAGCUUCAUAUCGCUGCACCGGCUGUCAGUAUCAGUAUGAUGCUAUGGAAAUGGAUAAAAUUUUUGAUCCGGUGACACAAGAGCUUUUUUGUUGGCGGUGUCAACAGAUUGUUGAGCCGGAUGAAACUGCUGGUCCAACGGAUGAAACAAGGCAAAUUUCUGUUUG